CCUUAUCCGGAGGAAGUGAAGCUCGGUCGAGGUAGCUGCUCACCGGGGGGAAAAAAAAAUCAAAAAAAAAAAAAAAAAAGAGUGGGGCAGACUGGAAGGAAAACUUCCCCGAUUGGCAGGACUUUUGGCAAGACUUGGACCCGGAGUCCCAAACAUCCCGGUGGUCCGGAGCUCCGGGGGAGGAAGCCCGAGUCGACGGUCCCCGGUAAACACGCUGUAGCUGCCCGUUCCCCGCAGAUCUCAUGCUCGGCUCCGCCGCCUCUCCGCCCGUCCCCGGCCGGAAGUCUAAAUGAUGGAAGACUCUCAUUUUAAUUCAUCCUACUUUUGGUCUCCCGUCCCCACUGUGCCAGGACAGAUCGAGAAUGCCAUGUUCCUGAAACAGGUAAAAGAACAACAGGAGAAGAAUGCAUCGUUCUCUUCUUCCUCAGCAUCCCACUACCAGACAACGCUUCUCACCAUCCCGACCCCUGGGGGCAAGACAGAUGGAGGCGGGCAGCCUGGCAGUGCAGCACACCUCCACCCCCCUCACAGCACCCAGAACAUCACAGUGUUGCCGGUCCCCUCUACGGGCAUCAUGACAGCAGCUGGUCUGGUGAUCACAACACCUCCAGGAACGCUGGUGUCUCCCACCUCCUCUCAGUCGUUUGUCUCGGGCCAUCCAGCGACAACAAUGAUUGUGUCAGCCCUCCACUCUUCAGAUAAGAAAGAAGGGGAUGGGACAUCCCAUGUGGUUGUGAUGCCAACGCCCUCCAAACGGGGGAGAAAGAAGAAGACAGCACUGUCUAGGGUCACUUCUUUGGGUGGACACGGAAAUGACACGCUAAUACUGGCACACCUGACCCACGGUGGCCAGGUUGCAGCUUUGCAGCAUCAUAGAGGAGACCCAUAUGAACUGUCAAAUGAAGAUGGAGACCAUGGCCCAAGAGAUAGCACUAAGACAUACAGGUGCCGGAUGUGUGUGGCGACCUUCUUCAGUAAGUCUGACAUGCAGAUCCACUCCAAGUCGCACACAGAGGCCAAACCACACAAGUGUCCUCACUGCGACAAGUCAUUCGCCAACUCCAGCUACCUGGCCCAGCACAUCCGCAUCCACAGUGGGGCCAAGCCUUACACCUGCUCCUACUGCCAGAAAUCUUUCAGGCAACUCAGUCACUUACAGCAGCACUCACGUAACCACACAGAGUCAAAGCCUCACAAGUGUCCUCAUUGUACCAAGUCAUUUGCCAACUCUAGUUACCUGGCUCAACAUAUCCGCAUACACACAGGUGUGAAACCCUACUCCUGCCCAUACUGCCAAAAGUGCUUCAGACAGCUCAGUCACCUUCAGCAGCACAACAGAAUUCACACUGGAGAUCGGCCAUACAAGUGCACCCACCAAGGCUGUGAGAAAUCCUUCACGCAACUCUCAAAUUUACAGUCCCACCGGCGUCAACACAACAAAGACAAACCCUACAAGUGCCCCAACUGCAAUAAAGGAUACAUAGAGUCAGCGAGCCUGGAGGCACACAUGACUACACACACAGUCAAACACGCCAGGAUCUACUCAUGUGGUCUCUGCAACCGCAGUUAUACCUCAGUAAGACAAAUGUCAAUUUCUGAAGAGCAUUUCUACAUGAAACACUAUGAAUCGCCUCACUGGCAUCAGACGCCUGGCAGCUACUUUACACCGUGUAGUCAUGUGUCCACUGUUUCCCCUCUACCUAUCCUCCCCUCAUCUCAGGAGACGUAUCUGGUGAAACACAUGGAGAAACACAACCCCGACCAGUUGACUGCACCAGUUGUUGUGGCAUCACAGUCGGGACAACAGAACCAAAGCCAGGCAGGAGCACAGAGCCAGGUAGAGAGUGGAGAUGGAGGAUCGAGCCGACCUGGGGGUGCUGGAGGCAGAGGAGCAGGGGGAGGCCAGCAGGCUCAGGGCCAGAGCUACCCCCAGACAGAGACCAUGCCCUGUUCAUUUGACCUGCAUCAGUAUAAGACUGUGUCUGCCAGUGACAUUCAGUACAAACCAGUUAGUGUGGCGGACAUUUCCUCCCACAAGGACCUCUGUCUUACUGUGUCAACAUCCACCAUUCAAGUGGAGCACCUCAACUCUUAGACGUGAUGAAAGCAAGGAGUGUGGGAGUUAUGUGCAGGAGUUAGAAAUAAUCUGAGAUAAAUGGAUGAUGGAAAGUCGAAGGAUUAAAGCAAUACUAGAUGAUGCAGAAACUAUGGAACACAUGACUGCCUGAAUGAUGAUUUGUGGCAGACAGGACAAACCGUAUGCUGACUUGAUAUAUUGAAGACUGUACAUUUUUAUUUUUAAGUUUGCUUUUAUCUUUGUCUCGUUUGAUUUUUUUUUUUUUUUUUUUUUCCGCUUAGUUGUUCUGUUUUAGUAGAAAGUGCAUGUAAAGGCUACAAUAAAGUAUGCUUCAUUCCAUCACAAUGAUGGUUUUAAGAUAGGAAGCGUCUAAAAGACAGUGCUUCUUUUUAUUGUUAACUUCUGCUCUUCCAUACAAAUGCAGUUUUGUCUGUAGCGGUUAAUAGUUUCUGUUAUUGAAAUUGGCAAUUAAUUAAAAGUUUUUUGUUUUGUUUUUUAAACUUUCAUACAGACACUUGAAGUUUUUACAGCUGUGUUAACUCUGCUAUAUUGUCACAUACAUGCCUGUGAUCUUUUUAACCUUAAAAGGGACAUCAAAGUUAUUUCCUUUUCAGGAAGAAAAAAAAGUAAUCAAAUUUAUCAAGUUAUAAACCAAGGUUUAUAAAGUAUGACUGUGUAUGUCAGGAUUGAGUAAUCCAGAGAAUUAAAUUAGGAGGCCUUCGCAUGACCUUUGGGGGAGUGAUGAGCCACUUCAUGUUUCAUGUAAUCCAGUGUACUGCUUUGUGUGUAUGUCUAAAAACUAAUGUUAUCCAGAUGUGCUCUUGCUAUUAUACUUCCACCGUAAAAAUGUUUAUACUUCAAUACUUCAUUACAAACAUAUUGACACAAUUAAAGAUUGUGCAGUUUUUUGUUAAACUUAUAAUACAAUAAACCCUCUAAAAUAUG